AUGAACACUGGCUCUACUUCCUCCCUCGUUGACGCGGAUGGAUCACUUGCCAUGGAACUGGAACAUCAGCCUCGAUCGGGAGACCCCUUUGAAGGUGGAGUUGUUUUUGAAGCAGUUGCAGAAAUCUCUUUGGUUGGAGGACUAGGUUGUGGAGAAUACUUGCUUCGUAUGGCUUUGGAUAGCAUUCGGGCAAAGAGAAGUUACAAAUUUGUGGUGCUGCAGGCAACAGAUGCGUCCAAGACGUUCUACGAACGGUUUGGUUUUGUUCGGGUGGGUGCGAUUUGUCGCUACGAGAGGAAGGAUAGGGACCCUUCAAAGCCAGGAUCAAGACCUGACACACCAAUCAUGGGCUAUCGACACUGGACACAUCCAAAUGAAUCUGAUACCAGCUUGCAGAAACAUGGUGGGCCGAGCUACAUGAUGUGUCUCAAGCUACCAGAGGAUCCCCCAGAUGCUGUAAUUGAGACGCCGUUUCUGGAUGAAAUGAUGAAGUUGGAAGUUGAACACAAACCAACCAUUGAGCAGCUAGGCGGAACUUCCACACCUCAUCCAAAAGGAAAGCGAGGUGUGCUUGAUCCAACUACUUCCGAUUUGCCAGCUGAGGAUCAACCUACCAAAAAUGGGCCAAAGAGAAAGAUCGGUAGAGGCCGUCGAGGCACUAACGGAAGCCCAGCUACAUCGACAACAACACUUGCAGUCAAUGCGGCGUCUCCUCCUGAAUUGCCCUUCCUGAGAGGUUCUGGCGACAACGUUCCAGAACAAAGCACGGCCAAGGCUGCCAAAUCAAUUGGUGUGAAGCGAAACGCGGAAGCAGGUAGUGCAGCUGCAUUGUUAACUGCCAGUGCUAAGAAACGUCGGUUGGUGGACGAUUUAACAGGGCAGACCAAGGCCGGUGCUCCGGCAAAAAAAACAACCUCGGAAUCCAAAGUCGCUCGAAGGACUACUCGUGACCGCUCGAACUCCAAUCAAAGCAACCCAGACCAGAACGCCGAGGGCGCAGCCGCAACCGAAACUUCCGAAGAAGAAACACAGCCUGAUGGCCCAGUUGACGUGCACGCGGAGGCGGACGAUAAAAAGGUCGCAGCUAAGAAGCCUGUGGGCAAGCCUAUAGCAAAGCGCACCACUCCUCGGCGAAAUUCUGGUCCGCCACCUGUGUUAAGCAGCACUCCUGCAGUCGCCUCCAUUCCAACCACAGCAACAACCACACCAAUCGACAAGAACGCCGCCGCGGCAGCAGCAGCAGCUGCCGCCGCAAGCCGGACAGGUCCCAUGAAGCAAAAAGUCAAGAGUUACCCAAGGGAUCGUGUCCAUUUCUACAACAAGGUUGUUCGACCAAAGAAGGGGAAAAAUUCGGAGAACUACUUUGUGUUACAUUACGACGAAGCCAAGCAGACAAUCCGCAUUAUCCCGAUGGAGCCUCGUGGCAUACUGAGUGGCAAACGCGCUGGGCGACCCAGAUGGCAAGCUGUCAUGACAAACCUCGAAAAAGAUUCGAAGACUGUGCGGUGCGCUGAUUACGAAAUCGUGAAGGCGUUCAUGGUGAUGAAGACGCCUGUAGUUGCCUCAGAGGCGUGGGAUGUUUUAGAUGCAUAG